AGAACAGAGUCGCCGGCGAACGGUUGAGAUCUAAUCGGGAAGCUGCCAUCUGACACUUGGCUAGCUCUGUUCCUUCAUUGUCGAAACAGAAAUGGGGAGCUUGACGGGUUACCUCAAAGUUCACGUCAAGAGAGGCCAUGAUCUGGCUACCAGAAGUGGCCGAAGCAGCAAUGCUUACGUUGUCGUCAAAAUGGGCCACCAGAAAUGGAAGACUGGAGUGGUGAAGAAGAAUGUGAAUCCUGAGUGGAAUGAAGAGUUGAUCUUCGAUCUGAGAACUCCAGAUCCCCCACUCCAACUUUUUGUGUAUAACAAGGGCAAAUUUAGUUCAGAGGACAAAAUGGGGCAAGCUGAGUUUGACAUUAAUCCAUUUCAUGAUGCUGUCAUGGGACGGUUGGAACGCCUUAAGGAUGGAGAUAUCAUCACAACAAUAGAACCGAACCGGGGAAACUGUCUGGCUGAGGAGAGCCAAAUUGUGUGGAAAGAUGGGAAAGUUGUUCAAAACAUGUUUAUUAGACUGAACAAUGUGGAACGUGGGGAAGUGGAGCUCCAAUUAUCAAUGGUAUACUGGUGGGGUCUGCUCAAAAUUCACGUGCAAAAAGGGGUGAAUCUUGCUAUCAGAGAUGUCAUCCGCAGGAGCAGCGAUCCAUAUGUUGUCUUCAAAAUGGACAGACAGCAAGUGAAGACUCGAGUGGUGAAGCAGAAUGUGAAUCCUGAGUGGAACGAAGAACUGACUUUAUAUAUUCCAGAUCCUCCUCUCCCAGUUGAACUUUUUGUGUAUGACAGAGACACAUUUAGCUCUGAUGACAAAAUGGGGGAGGCUGAGUUCGACAUUAAUCCAAUUGUUGAAGCUGUGAAAAUGGGUGUGGAAGGCCUCGCUGAUGGAACUACCAUAAGAACAAUACCGCCGAACCGGCAAAACCGUCUUGUUGAAAGGAGCCAAAUUGUGUGGAAAGAUGGUCAAGUUGUUCAGAACAUGGUUCUUAGAUUGAAAGAUGUUGUGUCUGGGGAAGUGGAGCUCCAAUUGCGUUGGAUUAAGCUUCCCACUGCCAGGGGCCUCUAGUGUUUGUGUAAAUAUUGAAACCAUGCAUUUCUCAAAUGACCUUCAGGAGCAUUUGUUAAUGUCAGUUUAGUAUAUUUAGAUGAAUAACUCUUGGGGAUUAAUAUCACAAUUUGAUCAUUAGGGAUAAUCUAUCUAAUGAGGGGGAGUACAAACCAUAUAUCUUCGCACAGCUUACUACAGGCCAAGUUAUUGAAGGUUUCUCAGAGAGACUGCACAGAGGAGAGGGAGAGGUUUCAUGCUUGGCCUUAAUUGGAAGGGCUUGGGAAGGAGUCUUUAGGGUUGUGUACUUGGAGCUGCUUAUCAUGAACAUAUUUACGUAAAUCAAAAUAAAACUCACCUUACAUAUUUA